AGAUGAGAGGUGCAAAUUUGUUUAAAGACAAAUUUCACUCUCUUACCAAGAAACUUCAUCCUUCUGUUUACUAUGCUCUUCCACCCAUUGCUUUGCUUUGCUUAUUCUUUUUUCCACUCUUCUUUACUUCAUCUCCACCUUAUAACAACCUUACCUAUUCCAUCCCCGUUAACAACCACUCUUCUCUUUCCUCUUCUACCUCUCCAGGAGAAAAGGAAAAAGUUUAUGAGAAUCCAUGUGACUAUUCCAAUGGCAAAUGGGUCCGUAACAAAAGAGGUCCUUUGUAUAAUGGUACCACCUGUGGUAAGAUUAAAAAAAGCCAAAAUUGUAUCACCAAUGGAAGGCCUGACUCUAGCUACCUUCACUGGAGAUGGAAACCAAGUCGUUGCCAUCUUCCAAGGUUUGAACCUAACACUUUUCUCCAACUCAUUAAGAACAAGCAUGUGGCUUUUGUGGGGGACUCUCUGGGUAGGAACCAAAUAGAGUCCCUUAUUUGCAUGUUGACCACUGCUUCAAAACCUAAAGGUGUGCACCAUGAAGGUUCUCAACUCUAUCAUUUUGGUUCUCACAAUUCAUUGUCCUUCUAUUGGUCCCCAUUUCUUGUGGAAGGUGCUCAAAGAAAAAGUCGUGGACCACAUUAUAAUACAAUGUAUUUGGAUCAUGUUAAUAUGAGGUGGGCAAGGGAUUUGGAUCAAAUGGACUUGAUUGUGCUCUCAUUUGGGCACUGGUUUUCUGUUCCUUCAGUUUACUAUGAGGGUGAUAAAGUUAUAGGUUGCUUGAACUAUCCUGGUCUUAAUUGUACUAACAUUGGUUUUUAUGGUCCAUUAAGAAAGGCUUUAAGGACUGCUCUUAAUAGUAUAAUUGAGAGAAAAGUAAUUAAAGGAAAUGGUAUUGGUGUAAUCAUGAGAACAUUUUCUCCUUCUCAUUUUGAAGGUGUUUGGGAUAAGGGUGGUACUUGUUCAAAGAAUGGGCCUUAUAGAAAAGGGGAGAGGAAACUUGAGGGAGUGAAUGCUGAGAUAAGACAUAUUGAGAUAGAAGAAGUGGAAAAUGCAAAGGCAAAAGCCAAACAAUUUGGAGGGUUUAGGUUGGAGGUAUUGGAUAUAACUAAAAUAGCAUUGUUGAGACCUGAUGGGCAUCCUGGUGCUUAUAUGAAUCCUUUCCCGUUUGCUAAUGGGAUUCCAGAAUAUGUGCAACAUGAUUGUGUGCAUUGGUGCUUGCCAGGGCCUAUAGACACUUGGAAUGAGAUUCUUUUGGAGAUGAUGAGGAAGUGGGAGGAACAAACAGCCAAGGAGUGA